AACUUCGCCGCCGCAACCCCCUCCAGUUCUCCCCCUACAUUCAUUCGUCCUCGAGGGCUUCGUGCUGGCACGGAUGAUCACGCCGUCCGGUCCACUGCUGCUCUCGACUUGUGGUCGCUUCCAGACGGCGUUGUUGGUUCGGGAUGAGGGCGCCGCUCCGCAUUCCGCUGCGGGCUUGCAAUUUUGAUCCCGCGGCGGUCAUACGAUCCUCGAAGCCUUCUCUGGCUGUCUCUGCAGCCCAUGCUGCUCCGACAACUUUGCUACGCCGUCGAUUGAUCUCCAGCUCGACUACAGCUCCCUCGGUACACUCGCAGCGCCUCACCGGCCGUUUCGCCCCGUCCGUACCCCAGGCCACCUAUGCCACCCGCACGUCUCCGCUACUGGAGUCGGCCAAAGCAGAACAACAUGACAGGAAACAGUCAGGGUCGGGUCAAUCGCGCCGCAGAGUCAUCAAAUAUGCUGUGAUUGGAGGUACAAUCGUUGUCGGAGCGGUAGUGUUCUCGGAUCAAGUCCAGCAUAUCUACCGUGCGGCGGCGAGGACAGGAAGAGUGGUGGGCACAUUGGCGGUUUGCAUUAAUGACUACCGGGUAACUCUCAAGCAAGAAACCUCCACGCCGGAGGAACGGAGCGAAGCGAUUCGAGCCUGUCACAAACGCUGCGCGGAACGGACUCUACGGGUGCUCGAGAAGAAUGGAUCGAUCUUUAUCAAACUGGGACAACACUUGAGCAGCAUGGGUUAUUUGCUUCCGAUGGAAUGGACCACAACUUUCAUCCCCCUCCAGGACAAAUGCCCCGUGUCGUCGAUUGAAUCUAUUGAGCAAAUGUUCGUGGCCGAUACCGGACGUCGCAUCGACGAGCUGUUCUCCUCUUUCGAUCCGGAACCCAUUGGUGCUGCUUCUUUGGCGCAGGUGCAUAUCGGUACACUGAAGGAAACGGGUCAAAAGGUCGCGGUCAAGGUGCAGCAUCCGGCGCUGGCGGAAUGGGUGCCCUUGGAUCUGGCGUUGACUCGGUUUACCUUUUCGAUGCUGAAGCAGUUCUUCCCGGAAUACGAUCUGGAAUGGCUCUCGCGGGAAAUGGAUCUGUCUCUGCCCCAGGAGCUGGAUUUCCGGAUGGAGGCCGAGAAUGCUACGCGGGCGAGCGAGUACUUUAAGAAGCACUCGGAUGCCCCGUUGGUUAUUCCUGAAGUGAUGUGGGCUCAGAAACGUAUCCUGGUCAUGGAGUUCAUCUCCGGACGACGACCCGACGACCUGGAAUUCCUCGACUCGAACCACAUUGACCGCGACGAAGUCUCCGCUGCCCUGGCACACAUUUUCAACGAGAUGAUCUUCGGUGACAACGCGCCCCUGCACUGCGAUCCCCACGGUGGCAACAUUGCCAUCCGCCCGAAUCCCACCCGCCGCCGGCACAACUUCGACAUCAUCCUCUACGAUCACGGUCUGUACCGCGACAUUCCCCAGGACCUGCGCCGCAACUACGCCAAGCUCUGGCUGGCUGUGAUCGAAUCCGACUUGCCUCGCAUGCGCGAGUACGCGCGCAAGGUCGCCGGCAUCACAGACGAACAGUUUCCUCUCUUCGCCAGCGCCAUCACCGGCCGCGACUACAUGGUGCUCAAGAACAAGGAUAUUACCUCAGCCCGGACAUCAGCAGAGCGAGACAGUAUGUCUGGCUCUCUAGCCGAUGGGCUCCUACAACAACUAGUUGAGCUCUUGGGCCAAGUACCCCGGAUCAUCCUAUUGAUCCUCAAGACCAACGACCUGACCCGCAGUCUCGACGAAAACCUCCACACCCGCCAAGGCCCCAUGCGCACCUUCCUCAUCCUCGCCCGCUACGCCACCCGCACCGUCUUCGAAGAACAAAUAGACUCGGUUCACGAGACUGGCGGACUCCUCCGGCCGCGGAAUUUCUGGCGGUUCCUCUGCGCCUGGACGGGGUAUCUACGCGUGGAAUUGAAGUUGUCGGUUUAUGAGACGCUCUUGGCGCUGAAGAGUCGAUUUGGGUUGGUGUGAUUGACCUCUGUAUAUUCAUCACUUUCUUUCCUUACCUUUCCUCAUUUUCUAUAAGUAAUUGAUUUGACUAGAGGGCAUGGCAUGGCAUGGCUGCAUGCAUGUGGUGUUAUGCAUGGCGUUUUUUCCCUUCUCUUUUUGCAAAGUUGUGGUUGACCCCUGAUUAGACUUGAUCUGGUUCUGUUGUGUGGUUUGUUUAAAAGAAGCUGUAUACUUAUUCACCUACCUUACCUUCAGUUAUUCAUUCAUAUAGAAUUCCCUGGACGAGUUCCUGCAUUCUUGUACGCAUAUAUACAAACAUACAUAACAGCCUG